AGAAGUAAAAAUUCCAGGGUAUUUGAAUAUGACAAAAAUGUAAAAAGUAUAGAACGUGCAAUCGAAGGUGAAGGUGCUGAACGUACGGGUGUUUAUAAUGUCGAUUCAAUACCAUAUAAACCGAGCGAUAAUGUUCCAGGGGGCAUUAACAAUGUUUUUAUACUUCAUCAUUCGCAUUAUCCGCAUAGCACAUUCACUAUAGCACCGAAUGAAAGGCCAAAACAGUCACCUCGAGCGAUAUCAGAUCGUGGAUUUGAUUGCAUUUUAUCUAAACUGAAUUCUGGCUUAGUUCAAGAUUCUGCUGGGAAAUUUGAAGUAUCUGGUUCUGAAUAUACACUUCAUGACUUUACUAUUCGCAUUGGUAAUGCUACAAUGGGAGUUGUUAGCAAAGGUGUGAUUGUUGAAGUAGAAUAUGGAGCAUCCUGUGUUGCAUCACAAUGUUCAGCAUUCAUUGCUGAAUUUGUAGCAAUGUUCUUUCCAGAUCGUGUCGAUUCAAAGCCACUGCUUUUGCAAAAAGCUCAGCCUGAACCAUAUAGCGCUUUGGAUACAUUAACACAAUAUCUUGACAUAUUUCAAAAUAUGAGGAAAAAAACGUAA